AUGAUUCACGAGAAGAAAGAAGAUGCAGCGGUGCUACAAAAAACAGAGCUCCCCAUCCCGAGACAUCAUCCAUAUGCGGUUGUCAUCGUACCGACCAGGGAGCUGGCACUGCAAGUAGUGGCGUGGGCUCGAAGACUAUGCCGAAAGAGCCCUAUAACUGCCCAGCUGAUGCUCGGGACGUAUACAAGGUGGCCUUUCGGCACACUUGCGAUCCCGACCUCUCCCGAUCUUGUGGUAUGCACUCCACCGGUUCUCGCACCUUUCGUGAAGGGCGGCCACGCCAAAGACUUGACUCCAUUUCGAGAAAUUCAAAUGCUAGCAUUGGAUGAAGCGGAUAUGCUUCUUGAAGGGGGAUAUCGGCAAGCAAUGGAGGGCAUCUUCACGGCUUUCCGCAGGGCGGAUCGGCAGUCGGCUGCGAGCGGGAGGCGGCGAACGCAAUACAUCUUUGCUGCUGCAACCAUCCCCGACAGGGGGCCGAAGUCUGUCAGGAAAAUAAUCAGCCGUUUGUGUCCGAGAGCUACGUUUUUCUGCACGGAGAGCCUACACCAACACAGGGAGCAACUGCAGCAGGAGUUCGUCGAAGUCCCUGCAGGAAUAUCCGAUGACGAGCGGGUCAAUCUUCUUUUAAGCAGGCUAAAGAAACUUGGCGGGGACGACAAAGUCAUGAUUUUUUGCAAUACGGCGCAAAUUGCACGGAGCCUUUUCGAGGCUCUGGAGAAGGCGCUACCAACGACGAGGCCGAAGCUGUUUUCUUCAGAGAUUGAUCAGAAGGACCGAUCAUUUAACCUUGGUCUCUUUGCGAGGGGAAAGAGUAGGAUACUGGUCUGCACCGACGCAGCAUCUCGCGGUCUUGACAUAGCCGGUGUAACGCUUGUAGUGCAGUACGACUUCGCGCUAAGUGCCGUGGCACAUUUACACCGCGUUGGACGAGUCGCACGUGGCGAACAUCCUGGGAGAGCGUUGAAUUUUUAUUUCGACAGUCAGAGAGCGCUAGUGGACGUCAUCAGGAGGGCGGCGCGGGACCCUGUUUCCCCUUCUGUUGCCGAUGCUUUCAGCCGAAAGCGUUCCUUCAGGAAAAAGCUUAGAGACGACAAAAGCGGAUCUAUUCAGCAGAUUUGGGACAGCCAGCCAGGCGAAAGCCACAAUUUUGACGAAGACGACCCACAUGCAAGUGAAACUGAAGAUGAAGAUCGCUUAACGGUUCCCGAAGAAACCUAA